AUGCCACCGCGUCGCGAAUUAACUCGAGAGGAAAAAGAUGAGAAGAAUAGGAAGGCUAGGGAAAAAAGAAGUAACGAAGACCCGGAGGCUAAGGAAGUGCGAUUGGCGGCUAAUAGGGAAAGGGCCAAGAUCGCUCGUGAAGAGAAGCGACGUCGGCUCAAUCCCGAAGAAGUUCAGGUUGCAAAAAAUUUGAAUGCGAAAAAGGCUAGGGAAGAGCGUCAGGCAGAGGCACCUGACGAGAGAGCGUUGAGGCAGAGGUUAGAUGCUGAGCGGAAGAGAGUCGCCCGUGCUAACGAGACUCAGGUUGAACAUGAAGCUAGACUGCAUGAUCAGCGAAUCCGUCAGCAACUCCUUCGACAGGAACAAGCGGAAGAAGAAAAUCGUGCUCGACUGUUAGCCGAGGCGGAGCGGCAAGCAGUUUUUCGUCAAGAAGAAGAAAAUCGUGCGCGACUGUUAGCCGAGGCGGAGCGGCAAGCAGUUCUUCGUCAAGAAGAAGAAAAUCGUGCGCGACUGUUACCCGAGGCGGAGCGGCAAGCAGAUCUUCGUCAAGAUGAACAAAUUCGAGCUCGAUUGCAAGCCGAGGCAGAGCGGCAAGCUGCUCUUCGUCAACAAGAAGCAGCAAUUAUUCUACGAGCGAUGAAUCAGAGACCUGCAUGUGAUCGCCCAAGAGUUGUUCUUGCUAAUGAUGCUGUGGCAGAGCGUCCAGCAAGACAACAACAUCAGGCAAGAAAGAGAGCUGCUGACGACACCGAAACUGCUGAAGAACAACGAGCUAGGUUGCAAGCCCAGGCAUUGCGGAAGAAAUAUCUGCGGAGAGAUGAAUCGGAAGCAGAGAGAUCAGCAAGACUUCAAGAUCAGGCAUUGAGGCAAAAAUCUCUGCGGAACGAGGAAUCUGAAGCAGAGAGAUCUUCUAGACUUUGUGAGCAGGCCUUGCGUCAAAAUUCUUUGCGGAAAGAAGAAUCCGAAGCAGAUAAAUGGGCAAGACAGCGGGCACAGGCACUACGACAGAAAUCUCUACGGGAUAAGGAACUUGAAGCAGAGAGGCUUGCUCGACUUGGCGAUAAGUCAUUACGCCAGGAAGCUGUACGUUGCAGAGCAACAGGAGAAGAAAGAUUGGAGCGUGCUAUGGCUGAUAGAUUUUUUCACGAAGUAAAUCUCCUCAACGAAACUGAGCAGGAAGCUGCAGAACGACGUGAGCAGCACACAGAAGUCAUGACUGAUUAUAGAGCGACUGAAAAUGAGGAAGAAACAGCUGAUAGGCGUGAAGAGGAUAGGUUGCGAACAGAGCUACAGCGAGAACAUCAAUUUGAACGAGAGCGAGAAGAGGAAGAACUGCGAGCAAGAAAUGCGCUUCAACACGCCGAAAUUGUUCCCGUUGAAACCGCAGACCACGAAGCUUUUCUUCGUGAGAUGCACCUUGAUCGCAACCGUGCCGGAAAUCGGCGAACGCAUCGGAUAGCUUGCAAAGACAUUGUUGUAGAGGAUCGGGUUCAUUUGCUUGACAUUGGAGAUUUGACCAAGAUUUGUGCUGAGUGUGACGCCAAACACUUUGAAAAAGAGAUGCCAAAAGAUCAAAAAUUCCAGCGAUGCUGCGGAAAGGGAAAAGUGAUUAUUCCACCACCAAAGCCAUGUCCGCAACCCUUGGCCAGUCUCUUGCAAAAUCAGCAUCCAAAGUCCAAGCAAUUCAUGAAGCAAAUUCGAAACUACAACAGUGCUCACGCUUUUGCUUCGCUUGGAGCAAACCAAUCUCCACCACCAAACCGAGGCCCCUACUGCUAUCGAAUUCAUGGCCAGAUUUACCAUCAAAUCACUCCGCUUGGUCCAACACCAAAUCCCAGAUAUGCAGAUCUGUAUUUUUUGGACUCGGCGCAGGCCACUGAUUAUAGGGCAAAUAUCCAGGCAAUGUCGGGUUGUUGUAGAAUAUUGAUGGAAGAAUUGGACGCUAUGCUUCGAGAGAAGAAUCCGUACGCCUUGGUUUACAAGAUGAUGCGCCAAGUUCUUGAAGAAGAAUACGUUCAACGGCAGGCCGCAAAUCUUCCUCACUACACUGUCGGCAUGAUCAUCACUUGUGAUAGAAGAAAUGUCGACCAGCGGCGCUACAACUGCCCGACGGCCCACGAGAUAGCAGUAGUAUUCAAAAGCUCUGAUGGAGCUCCGCCAUCCAACAGAGAUAUUCGUGGCCAUCUCUAUAUUCCCGUCAGAGGCCGACGUUUCAUCCAGAUUAACACACAGAAGCCCAUGUGUGAUCCGAUGUGUUAUCCUCUGCUAUUCCCCAACGGUGAAGAUGGUUGGCAUGCUCACAUGAAUUAUAACACCACCAGUCGGAGGGAAAGAGAUGAAGCAGCAGCAAUGGCAAUGAUUGUUGAUGAGGAUGAAGAGGAGCAGAUUGAUCCCCUGUGGCCCAACCCCAGAGUGUUAAUUCGUGAAGAAGUCGCCGCAGCAGAUGGCAAUGCUGAGAUUGAAAAUGAGCGAAAUGUAGAACCGGAACCAGCCGAAGCAGACGAGAACGAUGAUCAACAACCAAACAGGAACAGAGGCCCACGCUCAAGAGUGACGCAAGCCGAGUUCUACAGUUCAAUCAUGUCAAUCCGCGGUGAUUUCAAUAUCGUUUUGUCCGGGGGUGCCCUCACUCAGCAAUAUUUUGUCGAUUCUUACGUCAAGACCGAGGGGAAUCGCAUAGAUUGGCUCAGAAAACACCAGACAGAGCUGCAUGUUGAGCGCUACUGCGGUCUGAUGGAUUACAUCAACAAUCGAGCGGAAAGAGAAAAUGUGGAAGUUGGCACUAUCUACAUUCUCCCUUCGUCCUUCAUUGGCAGUCCUCGAGCCAUGAAGCAAAAUUAUCAAGACGCGAUGGCAAUUGUUGCCAAAUUUGGAAAACCAACUUUUUUUUUAACGUUUACUUGCAAUCCCAAGUGGAGAGAAAUUACGGCAAAUAUUGCGAACUAUCAGACAGCUUCUGAUCGUCCCGAUAUGGUCGCACGAGUCUUCCACUUGAAGAAAAAAGAGUUGGUCGACGACAUCGAGAAAAAGCAAGUUUUGGGUUUCGCCACAGCUCAUAUCGAAGUCAUCGAAUUUCAAAAACGCGGUCUUCCUCAUUGCCACAUGCUGAUCUGGAUCGAUAAGAGAGAUGCCCCUUUAUCACCAGAAGAUAUGGACAAGACCAUUUGUGCGGAAAUUCCCGACAAGUCCCUCCAUCCAAGACUCUACGCCGCUGUUAUGGCUCACAUGAUCCACGGCCCGUGUGGAGCCAUCAACAAAAAGUCUCCUUGCAUGGAUGUUGAAGGGUGCACCAAAAAGUUUCCGAAAGAUUUCAUCGCAGGAACCAUCAUCAACGACAACGGCUAUCCGACUUAUAGAAGAAGAGACACUGGAGUUAAACAUCCGUUGAAAAGAGGGAAUGUCGUCUAUGAAGUAGACAACAGAUGGGUUGUGCCUUAUAACCCUUGGUUGCUGCUGAAAUAUGACUGUCACAUAAACCUCGAAUCCUGCGCUUCACUCACCAGUGUCAAAUACAUCUUUAAUCGUCAUAGUACGAUUAAAGCGCUCGGUUUCCCCAUUACUAGCCGGAUUAUAAGCGGUAGUAAAACGUUGCUCAAUAUUUAA